AUGGGAGUAGCGGAUGAAACAGACAGGACUCUCUUUGUUGGAAAUUUGGAUCCAAACGUGACGGAGGAACUUUUAUUCGAGCUAUUUUUACAGGUGCAGUACUAGCUUUGAACUAGCUAGCUUCGUUGGCUAACGUUAGCUAGCUAAAGUAUUUGCGAUACUUUCUCAGUAUUCGACAAAUACUUUUGCUCAGGAAGCUUCUGGUCCGUAAUUAUCUAGCUAUCCAGGUCAAUAUAGUUAAUUCCUCCUUAGCUAACUAAGUAGUCGUUUAUAGCAACGACGUUAGUUAGCUAUCUAUAUUAGCGAGCGCAUAUAUAGGUCUGGUCCAUCGUAUGUCGCCUUUUACAGUAACACAUCACCCCGCGCGCAUGGUUUUGUUACUCCAAUACACUAAACCAGAUGCGCAUGGAGCUAACAGUGCAGAUCCGAAACAUGCGCGUGGACCAGAACUAGAACAUCUCAAAGUCCGCGAGCAAACUGGCGAACUUUGAUUUUACAGUUGUGUUCUCAUCUUCUGUUUUGUGUUUUCUCUUUGAUGCAGGCAGGACCUUUGUUCAAAGUGAAAAUCCCAAAAGACAAUGAUGGAAAACAGAAAGCGUUUGGAUUUGUCUGUUUCAAACAUGAGGUGUCCGUUCCCUAUGGCAUGAACCUGCUCAAUGGGGCAACUCUAUUUGGAAGAACUCUCAAAGUACAGUUCAGAGCAGGUAAACUAAAGUAAACCCCUUACAAGUCAUAUGAAUUGACUCGCUAAUGGUUCAUUUGGGUCUGCCUGCAACUGAACUGUCAUUCUUUCAAUACAUAUUUACAGGAAGCAGUCACAUUAACAGUCCAGGGAACUCCCAGAAUCAAAGCCCUAUGAAUACUCCCAAUCCACAUGGGUCUGCGGGCAGGUAUGUUGUAACAUGCAAAUUCCUUCAAAACAAUGUUAGUAUGCAUAUGUUGGAUGUUUUUGUGCGUCAAUAGCCUCUCUAUUCGUCUGUAGUUGAUAUGGAUUUGACAUGUUUCUUGUGCAGGUAUGACAAGAGCCCAGACCAGAUAGGCUCCCCAUCAUUUUCACCCUCUCAGCACAUCCAGAGGUCCUUCUCCUCUCCUGAAAGUCUGCAGAGACAGGCCAUGGUGAGCUUACUGCCAUCCACACUGACCAUUACGCUUGUCAAGCCAUUCAAUUACACACUGUCCUCAUCUCCAGUAGUGACCCUUAUGUCACAUUGUUGACAUGUGAACCUGCAAGUAAGCAUUUAAUUCUACUGUGUACAGUCGUGGUCUCAGGAUGCUUUACUGUUGGCAUUACAUUUACAUUUUAGUCAUUUAGCAGACGCUCUUAUCCAGAGCGACUUAGUUAGUGAAUGCAUAAAUGUUUCAUACUGCCCCCCCGUGGGAAACAAACCCACAACCCUGGCGUUGCAAGCGCCAUGCUCUACCAACUGAGCUACAGGGGACUACAGGACUGAUGGUAGCGCUCACCUUGUCUUCUCCGGACAAGGUGUUUUCCAGAUGCCCCAAACAAUCGGAAAGGGGAUUCAUCAGAGAAAAUGACUUUACCCCAGUCCUCAGCAGUCCAAUCCCUGUACCUUUUGCAGAAUAUCAGUCUGUCCCUGAUGUUUUUCCUGGAGAGAAGUGGCUUCUUUGCUGCCCUUCUUGACACCAGGCCAUCCUCCAAAAGUCUUCGCCUCACUAUGCGUGCAGAUGCACUCACACCUGUCUGCUGCCAUUCCUGAGCAAGCUCUACACUGGUGGUGCCCCGAUCCCGCAGCUGAAUCAACUUUAGGAGACGUCCUGGCGCUUGUUGGACUUUCUUGGGCGCCCUGACGACGCCUUCACAACAAUUGAACCUCACUCCUUGAAGUUCUUGAUGAUCCGAUAAAUGGUUGAUUUAGGUGCAAUCUUACUAGCAGCAAUAUCCUUGCCUGUGAAGCCCUUUUUGUGCAAAGCAAUGAUGACGGCACAUGUUUCCUUGCAGGUAACCAUGGUUAACAGAGGAUUAACAAUGAUUUCAAGCGCCACCCUCCUUUUAAAGCUUCCAGUCAGUUAUUCUAACUCAAUCAGCAUGACAGUGAUCUCCAGCCUUGUCCUCGUCAACACUCUCAACUGUGUUAACGAGAGAAUCACUGACAUGAUGGCAGCUGGUCCUUUUUUGGCAGGGCUGAAAUGCAGUGGAAAUGUUUUUUGGGGGAUUAAGUUCAUUUUCAUGGCAAAGAGGGACUUUGUAAUUCAUCUGAUCACUCUUCAUGACAUUCUGGAAUAUAUGCAAAUUGCCAUCAUUAAAACUGAGGCAGCAGACUUUGUGAAAAUUAGUAUUUGUGUCAUUCUCAAAACUUUUGACCACGACUGUACCAUGUGUAUCCUGUGUAGAAUACAAACUUGACUACAUAGCUAUGUGUCAUGAACAUUUAACCAGUUGUCAUGAACAUUUUAACCAGUCUACAUGGAUCAGUAAAAGUGAUUCUCUUUGGGCCCUUUCAACAGAUGAACAACAUGUGGCAGCUCCAGAUGCAGCACCUCCAGGGGGUGAAUGGAGGCUUCGCAGCCGGCGGCAUUGGGCUUUUGGGGCAGCCACCACCACAACAGCUACAGCCACAGAGUGGUGGUGGGUCCUGGAAACAGGACAGCUCCUCACAGCGAGGCAACAGGCAGGGGUACCAGCAGGACAGCAGCAGCCACUACGGCAGGGACCAGCGGUACCCAGGAGGCUCUGAUGACACCGGUUCCAACCGCCACCAUCGCAGCCAGCAAGAUAACCAGCGAGGUGAACACUAUAACCAUGAUGACAGGAGCGGGAGCAGCGGAGGCGUCCGUAGCAGAGAUGACAGGUGGAGGGAUGGCUCCAGAGAUGGCCGGUGGAGACGAUACUGA